CUUCCACUUCGUCGUGAGCCCCAUCGACCCGGCCAGGCAACAACAACAACAACAACAACAACAACAACAACAACAACAACAAACGCCCUACACCCUGCUCGGCGUCACCACCGACUCCUCGCCCAACGACAUCACCGCCGCCUACUACAGGAUGGUCGACCGCGCGCGGCGGACCGGACACCACGACCUUGUCAAGGCGCGGAAUGACCUGCUCGGCUGCCGGGAGGCGUACGAGACCCUGACCGACCCGCUGCUGCGCUGCGUGUACCACCGAGACCAGGGGAUGCCGGACUGGUAUGGUGUCCCGAAGCUGUGUUGGGGGGAGGUUGUUGUUGAGAAGCUGCAGUCUGCCAGGACGGUUAUGCGGUACUGGACGGGCCCGGAGGAUGCGUUUGCGAGGAUGCCUACUAUUAUUAUGUCGUCGACGAUGACGACGACACACAUGUGGACGCAACGGUUCCAUCGUCGCUCUCCAUCAGCUUUGGUUCUAGCGACUAUUAGCACUCGGACUUCUCUGAUUUCGGCUCGAGGAAGCACUCAGAUUCCUCUGCUCGCCCAGGGACAAGUGUCGCUGGCGGCUGAACUGGAAAUAGCUAAGAACGCGGUGCUUGACUAUCUGCGCGUCCUCAAGCACAGCCUUGUUUCUCUGAAGGACUCAGCAUCGUCCCUUUUCACCGGUGUCAAGCACUGGGUCAAGUCUAACCCGCGACACAGCCUAUCCGUUGCCGUUGUCUCCGUCCUCUUAUUAUCCCUCCUUCACGCCGCCAUCUCCUCCUACUGGGACAGGGUCAUUUUACGCUCUGCAGGCUGGUGGGGUUUGCCCUGUUCCUGCCCAUGGUCGUCCGUGCCUCUUUCUCGAGCUCCGCUCUCGACACCCGCUUCUGGCGCUUGGAGAGGUGCCUCUCGGGUGCAGUCCUGAGGACGAUCUGGAGGGAGAUGUUCAUGAUUUUUUUUCCGCUGCCGAGUGAAGUGGUAUUCUUCCUAUAUGACUAGGUUCGCCGUCUGAUACAGACAGAUUCCUCGAUAGGCUAGGUAAGGUAAGGUAGGUUGCAAGUGCUACAUUCGUGGCUAUCUAUUUCGGGCGGGUGAAAGUUAGUAGCUACCAUAUAUCCUGCAAGCACUAGAACAUAAAAUGAAAAAAGCAACGUGACCUUGAAGUGUUGCAUACAUG